AUGCUUGUUGAAGGAAAAUAUAGGCCAGAUUUACCUGAAGGAGCACAGAGGAGGUAUAGAGUAAGAAGGAAAGGACAGCCAACAGUGCAGAAAAAUUUGGAUCCUCCUCCUUCAAAUAAACAACAAUUGGAGCAACAGCAACAACAACCUACUAAUAAUAAUAAACCCUUGGAUCCACCACCAAAAUCUUUGGAUCAACACAAAUCUUUGCCGCAUACACCAAAAUCUCCAUAUGUGGCAGAUGCAGUAAAAGCUCCAAGUGCUGUUGAAUUAUUACAACGACUUAGAGGAUUAGAUCCGUGA